AGAGCACUUUUUUUCUGCUUUUCCUGUGGCUGUUCCGGUUGCUCAACGUUUACCAUGUCUGGGCGCGGAAAGCAAGGAGGGAAAGCCCGUGCCAAGGCGAAGACCCGCUCUUCGCGGGCCGGACUUCAGUUCCCCGUGGGCCGAGUUCACCGGCUGCUUCGCAAGGGUAACUACUCCGAGCGGGUCGGUGCCGGCGCCCCCGUGUACUUGGCGGCGGUGCUGGAGUACCUGACCGCCGAGAUUCUGGAGCUGGCGGGCAACGCGGCCCGGGACAAUAAGAAAACCCGUAUUAUCCCGCGUCACCUACAGCUAGCCAUCCGCAACGACGAGGAGCUCAACAAGCUGCUGGGUCGUGUAACCAUCGCUCAGGGGGGUGUCCUGCCCAACAUCCAGGCGGUGCUGCUGCCCAAGAAGACUGAGAGCCAUCACAAGGCCAAGGGCAAGUGAAACGUUUAGCAGUAUUACAUUCCCAAUUCUGAAAAUCAAAGGCUCUUUUCAGAGCCACUCACUUUUUCUAGAAAGUGCUGGAAUACUUGGAAGC